AACACUUUGCCCCGGGCAGUCGGUAAAACAACACAAAGAUCACCUAGAAAAACUAAACGAAAAUCGAGAAACAAGCGCGAUGUAUGACUGCUGCCCCGUUUGCCUGGGCAGGCUCCGUCGGCAGGUGAAGACCCCGUGCAAGCACACAUUCUGCAAGAACUGUCUUUGCAAGGUCUACAGGCAGAGUCCCACCAAGGCCUGUCCCCUCUGUCGGGCGCCCCUGGAGUACUACAUCAGCAAGAGGAACAACACAAUAAAACUAGUAUUCUUCUCCUAAAGUCAGUCUGCAAAUUGAAAAGUGUUCCACAGAGUUUAAUUGUUUUUGUUUGUUAUCUUAUUGUUUAAAUUUUUUUGAUUUGUUUUUAAUUUUGUUGUGUUUUUUAACACUAAGCCAAGUACAUGGCUUGAAACUCCCAAGCAGUAUCUAAAACUUGACUUGAGCCUUCAGGGUCUUAGGCAGCCAAGUACAACAAUCGAUUGGAGACUCGUCCU